AUGAUGGCAGGAGACCAGUCCCAGUCUGACCUGGACUCUAGACCUGAGGACCAGUCCCAAUCUCUGACUCUAGACCUGAGGACCAGUCCCAGUCUGACUCUAGACCUGAGGACCAGUCCCAGUCUGACCUGGACUCUAGACCUGAGGACCAGUCCCAGUCUGACCUGGACUGUAGACCUGAGGACCAGUCCCAGUCUGACCUGGACUGUAGACCUGAGGACCAGUCCCAGUCUGACCUGGACUCUAGACCUGAGGACCAGUCCCAGUCUGACUCUAGACCUGAGGACCAGUCCCAGUCUGACUCUAGACCUAAGGACCAGUCCCGGUCUGACCUGGACUGUAGACCUGAGGACCAGUCCCAGUCUGACUCUAGACCUGAGGACCAGUCCCGGUCUGACCUGGACUGUAGACCUGAGGACCAGUCCCGGUCUGACCUGGACUCUAGACCUGAGGACCAGUCCCAGUCUGAGCUGGACUCUAGACCUGAGGACCAGUCCCAGUCUGACUCUAGACCUGAGGACCAGUUCCAGUCUGACCUGGACUCUAGACCUGAGGACCAGUCCCAGUCUGACCUGGACUCUAGACCUGAGGACCAGUCCCAGUCUGACUCUAAACCUGAGGACCAGUCCCAGUCUGACCUGGACUCUAGACCUGAAGACCAGUCCCAGUCUGACCUGGACUCUAGACCUGAGGACCAGUCCCAGUCUGACCUGGACUCUAGACCUGAGGACCAGUCCCAGUCUGACUCUAGACCUGAGGACCAGUCCCAGUCUGACCUGGACUCUAGACCUGAGGACCAGUCCCAGUCUGACCUGGACUCUAGACCUGAGGACCAGUCCCAGUCUGACUCUAGACCUGAGGACCAGUCCCAGUCUGACUCUAGACCUGAGGACCAGUCCCAGGCUGACCUGGACUCUAGACCUGAGGACCAGUCCCAGUCUGACCUGGACUCUAGACCUGAGGACCAGUCCCAGUCUGACUCUGGACCUGAGGACCAGUCCCAGUCUGACUCUAAACCUGAGGACCAGUCCCAGUCUGACCUGGACUCUAGACCUGAGGACCAGUCCCAGUCUGACCUGGACUCUAGACCUGAGGACCAGUCCCAGUCUGACCUGGACUCUAGACCUGAGGACCAGUCCCAGUCUGACUCUAGACCUGAGGACCAGUCCCGGUCUGACCUGGACUGUAGACCUGAGGACCAGUCCCAGUCUGACCUGGACUGUAGACCUGAGGACCAGUCCCAGUCUGACCCGGACUGUAGACCUGAGGACCAGUCCCAGUCUGACCUGGACUCUAGACCUGAGGACCAGUCCCAGUCUGACCUGGACUCUAGACCUGAGGACCAGUCCCAGUCUGACUCUGGACCUGAGGACCAGUCCCAGUCUGACCUGGACUCUAGACCUGAGGACCAGUCCCAGUCUGACUCUAAACCUGAGGACCAGUCCCAGUCUGACCUGGACUCUAGACCUGAGGACCAGUCCCAGUCUGACCUGGACUCUAGACCUGAGGACCAGUCCCAGUCUGACCUGGACUCUAGACCUGAGGACCAGUCCCAGUCUGACUCUAGACCUGAGGACCAGUCCCGGUCUGACUCUAGACCUGAGGACCAGUCCCGGUCUGACCUGGACUGUAGACCUGAGGACCAGUCCCAGUCUGACCUGGACUGUAGACCUGAGGACCAGUCCCGGUCUGACCUGGACUGUAGACCUGAGGACCAGUCCCAGUCUGACUCUAGACCUGAGGACCAGUCCCAGUCUGACCUGGACUGUAGACCUGAGGACCAGUCCCAGUCUGACCUGGACUGUAGACCUGAGGACCAGUCCCAGUCUGACCUGGACUCUAGACCUGAGGACAAGUCCCAGUCUGACUCUAGACCUGAGGACCAGUCCCGGUCUGACCUGGACUGUAGACCUGAGGACCAGUCCCAGUCUGACCUGGACUCUAGACCUGAGGACCAGUCCCAGUCUGACUCUAGACCUGAGGACCAGUCCCGGUCUGACCUGGACUGUAGACCUGAGGACCAGUCCCAACCUGAGGACCAGUCCCAGUCUGACCUGGACUGUAGACCUGAGGACCAGUCCCAGUCUGACCCGGACUGUAGACCUGAGGACCAGUCCCGGUCUGACCUGGACUGUAGACCUGAGGACCAGUCCCAGUCUGACCUGGACUGUAGACCUGAGGACCAGUCCCAGUCUGACCCGGACUGUAGACCUGAGGACCAGUCCCGGUCUGACCUGGACUGUAGACCUGAGGACCAGUCCCAGUCUGACCUGGACUCUAGACCUGAGGACCAGUCCCGGUCUGACCUGGACUGUAGACCUGAGGACCAGUCCCAGUCUGACCUGGACUCUAGACCUGAGGACCAGUCCCAGUCUGACCUGGACUCUAGACCUGAGGACCAGUCCCAGUCUGACCUGGACUCUAGACCUGAGGACCAGUCCCAGUCUGACUCUAGACCUGAGGACCAGUCCCAGUCUGACUCUAGACCUGAGGACCAGUCCCAGUCUGACUCUAGACCUGAGGACCAGUCCCAGUCUGACUCUAGACCUGAGGACCAGUCCCAGUCUGGACCAGAUGGUUCAACGUCACAGAGCAGCUCCACAGACCAUCAACACCAGCUGCACAUGGUGUCACUGUGCCACAAACACUGCAGCUUGA